GUAACCGUAACCGUAACCGUAAACGCAAACGCAAACGCAAAGUCCAAGUCCUUUUCUUUCUUUAUUUUCCUCUUAUACACAUCUUCCAAGUAUCGAAACGUGCGAUAACAAGAUUCGCCGCUUUAUACGCUAAAUCGAUUCUCGUUAAACAAUUUCGUUCUCAUAUUUUUUUUUUUAUUUACCAAUCAUUUCACCACCGUACAAAUUUUUAUUCCUUUAUUUUUUUCAUUUCAUCUUUUUCCUUUUCACGUUACAAUAAACGUGUACAAAGGAUGCGUCACGCGUAUUACGGUAAACACGCGUAUUGCACGCCGUCAAAGUGUCGUGUAUUUAAUUGUACAAAUUUUAGAACGGUAAGUAGAGUAGAGGAGUUGAUAAAUAUUUCGCAAAAAAAUAAAUAAUAAAAACUAAGAAAAGAAAAGAAAAGAAAAGAAAAGAAAAGAAAAGAAAAGAAAAGAACAAUUGUUACGUCUUUUUAUGCGAUAGUGUUUUUGCAAAAAAUUUUCAACGGUAUUAAACGAUAAGAAUUCUUUGCCGCAUGUGAUUUGUAACGUACAUACGUAUGUAGAAUAGUAUGAUACGCAUCCCCAUCAUUUACCGCGUAAAGUUUCGUCAGAUAUCAAAGUGGAAAAAGAUCAGUCAACUAAGUAUUGGCUGUAUCGUUGUUUCUUCGAUGAAAUAGGAUAAAUUAAAUAACAUUAUUUCUUUUUAGUCCAAUUGAACAAACCGAACAACGAUUAUGUAUUAUCGCGUAUUUACAUGAACAAGAAAGCGAAUCGUUUUACUGAAUAGUUUUAUUUGUCAAGUAUACGGUGUUGAAAUCGAAUUCGAUACAGGUACAAAGUAUUUUUAUUUUUAGUUUAUGCUCAAUGUUAAUUUAACAGCCCGCCCGUCCACGGACCGCAUAUGUAAUAAGCGGUGUUUUUACAAACGUCUUGCGUCUUGCGUCUAUGUAAUUUUUUAAAGCAGAGAAGGUCUACUGCUAGGCAUGGGUAAUCCCCUUCUUGAUAUUUCAGCAACUGUAGAUGACGAUUUUUUGAAAAAGUACCAGUUAAAUUCUAACGAUGCUAUUCUUGCUCAAGAGAAACACAAACCCAUGUACGAUGAAUUAAUCGAACAAUACAAGGCAAACUUUAUCGCCGGAGGUUCUGUACAAAAUACUAUGAGAGUAGCACAAUGGUUUCUGGAAAAACCAAGAGUUGCCACUUACAUGGGAUGCGUCGGAGUAGAUAAAUAUUCAAAAAUUUUAGAGGAGAAAGCAAGAGCGGAUGGCUUGAACGUUCGCUAUCAAUAUACGAAUAAAGAAUCUACUGGUACCUGUGCAGUUCUUAUUACUGGAAACGAACGAUCUUUGUGCGCCAAUUUGGCUGCUGCCAAUUGCUUUUCGCUUUCGCAUAUAGAAGAAGCUGAAAAUAAAAAGUUUCUACAAGCAGCGGAGUAUAUUUAUGUUUCAGGCUUCUUCUUAACCGUAAGUCCAGAAACGAUCCAAGCAGUUGCUCAACAUUCUUACGAAAGAAAUAAAAUGUUUAUGAUGAAUCUUAGCGCACCUUUUUUGUGUGAAUUUUAUAAGGAGCCUAUGCUAGCGGCUCUUCCAUACGUCGAUAUUUUAUUUGGUAACGAGAUAGAAGCGGACACGUUUGCAAAAAUAAACGAUUUUCAAACAACUGAUAGAAAAGAAAUUGCAUUGAAACUGUCGCAAAUGAAAAAAAUGAACGAGAAGAGGAAAAGAAUUGUAGUGAUAACGCAAGGUGCCGACAAUAUAUUAGUAGCCAAAGAUCACCAAUUACUGGAAUUUCCUGCUAUUAAACUACCAAAAGAGAAAGUUGUCGACACAAAUGGAGCAGGGGAUGCUUUUGUUGGAGGUUUCUUGGCUCAACUUAUACAAGGGAAAGACAUUGAAGUUUGCGUUAAAUGUGGUAUUUGGGCUGCAACGCAAAUUGUACAAAGAUCUGGAUGUACUUACGAAGGAAAACCUACCUUUGCUCUUUGAUGCCUCUUAAUCAGUUAGUAACUGUGAAUUUUGUACUUAAUAAACACACUUUAGCGUU